AUGAGUAAUUGGUCUAAAAUCCAAUGUGAUUACUGUUGGAACAAUGGGAUUGGGAUCCGCUAUGUAGUUUCAAAUGAACAAGAAGAAGAAAGAAAAAAAUUUGUGAUGGUGAUUUUCGGCUGCGCAGCCACAUCCCACGGCCACGACAUCGAGUGGACAGCGAUUCCCAUUGCCGUCGCUGACUGCCACCCACAGCCACGGCCACGACUCACGAGCCACCAUUCCCUCGCAGCCUCACCCAGUCUUCCUUUGCUGGAUUUAUUUAAUGAGGUGGAAUUCCAGACAACCUGUGGACAAAUGAUAGAUUUGAUCACCACGCUUGAAGGAGAGAAGGAUCUUUCAAAGUACUCACUGCCUAUCCAUCGUUGCAUCGUUCAGUACAAAACCGCUUAUUACUCAUUUUACCUUCCGGUUGCAUGUGCUUUGCUUAUGUUUGGUGAGAAUUUGGACGAUCAUGCAGAGGUUAAGAAUAUUCUUGUUGAAAUGGGAAUCUACUUCCAAGUACAGGAUGAUUAUCUGGAUUGUUUUGGUGAUCCUGAAGUGAUUGGUAAAAUUGGGACAAAUAUUGAAGAUUUUAAGUGCUCUUGGUUGGUCGUAAAAGCACUGGAACACUGUAAUGAGGAGCAAAAGAAAUUAUUACGUAUAAGCAAAGAUCUCUUUAUUCUCCCUCCACUUAUUUCUCUUGAGAACUAUGGCAAAGCCAAUCAAGCCAAUGUUGCAAAAGUGAAGGAACUUUAUAAAGAGCUCGAUAUCGAGGGUGCGUUUUUGGAAUAUGAGAGCAGUAGCUAUAAGAAGCUAACCAAUGCGAUUGAAGCUCAACCAAGUAAAGCAGUACAAGUUGUGCUGAAAUCAUUUUUGGGGAAGAUAUACAAACGGCAGAAGUAGAAACGCCAAAAACUAAAGAGGGCUGGAUUAAGUUGGAAUGAUUCUGCUAAUUAUGUGCACAUGCUCUCUUUAGGAAUAAAGAGUAUCUGUAUUUUAUUUAGAACGUUUAGUUUCUAGUGGUCUUGCUCUGGCUUCCAAGUUUUCCAAAUUUUCUAUAUGUCCGCUAAUUAUGCAUACACUCUUAAAUUGAUUGCCUUAGUUUC